UUGUGGCCAGCAACAUUUGCCAACUUCACGGAGCUGUCUUUAACUACAUUACGGUCAGAAGAGUCAUGACGUUAUAGUACAUGUGCAUCUCAAAUUUACGGAUCUUUUAUAUUGUUGUAUUCUAAAUAGUUGACUUGGUUCACUCAUACGAGUGCACAAGUACACGAGAGUGCAACUUCAGACACAGCCAAGGACGGCCUCAUCGUAUAUGCAGCCUGUGAAGGCGGAGCAGAUGCACCAUCGGUUUUAGGGAAUUCGGAGUUUAAAAUAUAUAGCCGUGUGGGAAUGAAUUUGAUAAACAUGACCAGAAUCCACACUUAUGAAGUUCGUAACGCGGCAGUGGUGGGAUCUCAAAGUCAAUAGAACGGGACUGCAGGGUGUGGUCACAUGAGGAGCAGGGAGAAGAACAGCGAGUCCCGAGACCAGGUGUCUCACACACCACAGGGCAGCAUGAGGACACCCAGAAUGAUCUACUCCGGGUCAUUCAGGCAUUUCCUAGUACUGUUGAUGGCUCUGGGAUUGCUUUCACUUGGAGUCUUGCAUCUACCACGGUUUAAGACGGAACCUAAGCCCUGCUCAUGGAGGGUUGACCACAGCCACAGAAAACUACUUCACUCCUUUGUCAGAGGUGUACUGACAAAGGAAUGUAGGCCAGCUUUUGCCAGGAGGGAAAUGCAAACCAGGUUCAACCACUCAAAUCAUGUGACCGAGCAUUUCCUGUGGGAGGACACUGCCCUCACUGCGCCCAUGUUCCAGUAUCCACCACCCUUUGGCUUCCAGGACCUGCGAAGCAAACUGACCGAUGUCCUUGGUUUGCUGCCUGCCCCCGCUCUGCAGUCGGGUGGCAGGAAGGCAUGCCAGAGGUGUGUGGUCGUAGGCAACGGGGGAGUACUGCGUGGCCUAGCCCUGGGGCCGCUUAUCGACCAGUUUGACAUUGUCAUCAGGUUGAAUAGUGGUCCAGUGCGAAAUUUCAGUAAGGAUGUGGGAAGCCGCACCACCAUCAGAAUGAGCUACCCCGAGGGCAGCCCUCAGACAUGGGAUGAUUUGGAUUCGAGCCUACAGUUCAUCGUUGUUAUAUACAAAUCGGUGGAUUUCCAUUGGCUUAAAUCCAUGAUUACCCACAAGCGAGUGUCUCUGUGGGAUUGGCUGUUCUUCUGGCAGAAGGUGCCGGAUAAAAUCCCUAUUGAGCCAUCUCAAUUCCGAAUCCUGAACCCUGAGAUCAUCAGAGAGGCGGCGCUGGACCUGCUGCAUCUUCCAGAGCCACAGCCCCGCCUCUGGGGUUGGGAUCAAAAUGUCCCCACCAUCGGCAUUUCUGCCCUCAACCUUGCCACAUACCUCUGUGAUGAAGUUAGCCUGGCAGGAUUCGGUUACAACCUGAGCCAAGAGGGGGCUCCGCUCCACUACUACGACAGUCUUCCCAUGACCAGCAUGCUGCACCAGCCCAUGCACAACGUAGACCGUGAAGGGGCCCUCCUGAGGGGAUUGGCGAAGGCCGGGGUCAUCUCUGACCUCACGGGAGCAGUCCACUGCAGCUUCUGUCCCAACAAGGAGGGCAGGGUAAUCUGAUGAGCUGCUCACUAAAGGCUCCAGCCCAGCACUUGGCAAUAUGAACUUUCUGGAAGAGCUUUGGAAACAAAGUAUUCCUGCUCCUGUCAUCGUUCACUGUGACAAGACUAAGUGGUGUUCGGAAAGUGGUCUGGAUCCACUGUACCAGGAACAUAAUUUACACGUUAAGUUUGGGUACUACUGACUGCAGUAUAGUAAACUCAUUUAGGUUGGAAGUAUAAAGCCAUUAACUACUGUACUGAGUACAGUAUUGGCUCCCACGUAUCUCGCUGCCCUGAAAGGGCUGGUACAGAGUUUUGAUGAUGCUGUCCUGGAACUGAGCAAAAACGUCACCGCUCCAGUGUUUGCCAGUUUUAAACAAAUGUCCCACCAAAAUUUCACAUUGGU